AUGCACAACGGAGAGCCAGAUAUUCCCAUUGUGGCGGCCAUGCCAGUCGCCAAUGAAAUUCAUCCAACUGCGACUCCACAAACAGCCAACUCGUCAAUAUUGGAGAAAGGACGAAGCUCACGCAUAGUGGUUCCACAAUCAUCUGGAAAACAUCUCCAUGAUAGAGAAAUCAGCGCCCUUCAGUCUCAGGGUUAUCCCACUGGAUUGAUACAUGCCUUGGAACGGAAUGUGCAGCUGUUUCCUCUUCGAAUUUGGGUUGUCGACAACUCUGGAUCCAUGUCCGCUGGCGAUGGAAAUCGAAUAGUAGAAACAAAGAGCAAGAAAGAUGUCAAAUUGGUGCGGUGCACAAGAUGGGCUGAAAUCCAAGAGACUGUCAACUAUCACGCACAAAUGGCAGCGUUACUGGCAGCGCCGACAGUUUUUCGGCUGCUGAACGAUCCUGGUGCGGUUGUGGGUCCUCAGCAAUUUUCCAUUGCCGAAAGGGGUAUUGAAUUAAUCCAAGAAGACUUGAGAGUUGCUCGAACAACCAUGGCAAAUGCUACUCCGACCGGGGUCACACCACUCGCGGAGCAUGUCAUGGAAAUCAGAGCCAAUGUCAUGGCUAUGAAAGAUGCACUGCGACAAAACGGGCAAAAGGUAACAAUCGUUCUUGCCACAGAUGGACUACCAACGGAUCAAUAUGGAGUGAGCGGGUACCAAGCGAAUCACGAAUUUGAGUCAAGUCUGCGCUCGUUGGAAGGCUUACCUGUUUGGAUAGUAAUUCGGCUCUGCACCGAUCAAGAGCUUGUGACCAACUACUACAAUGGUUUGGACUCGCAAUUGGAACUCUCAUUGGAAGUGUUGGAUGAUUUCUUCGGAGAGGCUGAAGAAGUAUCCAAAUACAAUAAAUGGCUCAAUUAUGCGCUUCCAAUUCAUAGAAUAAGGGAGCUGGGAUUUCAUUCUCGACUUUUUGAUAUGCUGGACGAACGAAAACUAACACUGGACGAAGUGCGGGAACUACUCAUUCUAUUAUUUGGACCAGACAGAUUUGAUGGCGUUCCUGAUCAUCAUACAGACUUUGAAGGCUUCUUAAAAAAAGUGGACCGGAUUGUGUCCUACGAACCAAAGCAGUGGAACCCAGCUACCAAGAAGAUGCAACGGUGGAUUGACUUGAAACGCGUGAAGAAAGCAUAUUCAAACGAAUGCUGUAUUAUGUAA